AUGAUAAGGUACGUUAAUGGUGAUAAGCAGUACCAAUUCCAUGAUCUCACCGUAGACGUGGAACCUGGGCACGUUUACAGCAAGACUGGUCAGCUGAGAUUUCGCACGUGGACAAACAAGGGCAAGAUAAUCAGGUUACACAGCUUUAUCCCUGCUACAGUAAUCACAAUGAGGGAGCGAUAUCGGCUCCUGUUACGAUGCAGUGUAAUACAAGGCACUAUGAAUAAUGCAAUGUAUUACGAUAAAAUACAUUAAUACAAUGCUUUACCAUUCAAGGCAAUGCAAUAGAGUGUUUUCGCUCACGUGGCCAGCAUCUAUGCAAAUUUGUUGGAACAAAAGAAAGCGUUUGCAUAAGAAAAGAGUUCAACUCCCAGAGGAUUGGUAUGGAAUACCAACAUGGCCGCCGUUUCAUUGGAACACCAAAAUGGCCGCCGUGACGUCAUGUGAAAACACUUUAUACAAUAGGCAUUUGCACGAUGGCGUCAUUUUACUACUACGACCAGAAUCCUUUUCGUUUUUCCUUUCAUAUUUAAAUUUUGUUUUAUGUGAGGUUUGAAUAACAAAAGCCCUAAUUAGCACAAGUCGUAGCAGUAAAAUGAUGUCAUCGUGCAAAUGGCCUAUUCAAUGCGAUACAACACACGUCAACGCAAUAAUUAACGAUGAAAUAUGGGCAAGCGAAGGUUAAUAAGUUUACCCACAAGUACGAGCUGCAAUAAUAGAGUUAUAUCAAAAUCACCUACACAAAAAAGGAGGAUGUAAAAGGACCACAAAUUUGUCCAAUGAUAUUCUUAUACAUGGAAUGUUGUCAACAUACUGAUCUUGAAAAAGGAUGAAAAAGAUAAGCAUUUUUUGAGUUAGCACUUUUACCAGUCAGGACCUAAACGUUACCUUUGUGAAACUUUUAGGACAAUGAUAACGUUAACGUUUCUCAAUGAUCAGCAAUUUAACGACUGGCUACCGAUUUCUCUGCCAUCGAUCAGACAAUUGGUUACAAGGUUAACUCCUUGCGACCUGCUAAAACAGCAAAUACUGCUCUUUUUUGUUAUUGCAGACCGCAUUCAUAUACCUCCAUUCUUUUGACCCCAUCUUAUCGAGUAACAGAGCGAGAAACAGUUCAAGGUGUCGCCAAAGCGGCUGUAAGAGAUUUUGCCAGGCUUGUCCAGGAAGGCGUCUGUAAAGAAGGUCAAAUACUUCUUCUGAUGGCUGACGGAACACACAAGAAUAAAUCCAACACAAGCAUGACAGGACCUUGGUUUCUGGAUUACCAGCAUGGGCAAGAAAUCGUGUCACUGAUAGAAAGGUAUGGUUACAGCUGAGCAGAGGCCGGGGUACAGUCUUAUCUUUUGUACUGGUAAGGAUGUGUCAUCUUAAGCGAUGUCAAACACCUGUUUCACUUUCCCUCCUCAUUCUGCUAGACUUGAAGAGUAAUAGAACGCUUUCGACUUCAGAAAAUUUCAUUUUCGAAAACGAGGUCAAGUGUAACACUUUUCUUUUGAAAAUGAGUUUUAUUUGCAUGAGAAUAAAAAUUCCUUCUCACAGCAACAGCUUCGAACUUAGCCUUGCUUUCAGACAGAGUCUUGGGCCAACUCACAAUUGGUGCCUUUUGCGGAGUAGAGUAAUUGUUACUUGGAAACUAUUAAAAUCCUUCUAACCGGUGGACAUAUUCUCGCUUGUUUGUUAUUCUGCUUGUAGAUAUAAGAUGGUUUUUGCAACUGUGGUUACCGAGGACAGCGACAUUUUUACCUCGUGUCCUGGAAAGACAGACGUUCGAGGAAAAGGAUCGCAGUUUGAGGCAGCUUUUAAUUUUAUUCGCCACUAUGUUAUUCCGGACAAUGGCAAAGACAAGACCCACAUUGUCUGCAUUGAUUCUGAUUUAAAAGGUACGGCAAAUUAUCGAAACAUGGAGUCGAAUAAGAACAACACCAUAAAGAGUACCUCAAUGCAUGGAAAUAAAAUACCUCUUUUCUGCCAUCGACUAAAGCUAUAUCCCCAUGAUCUUUUCAAAUACGUUUUUAAAGAGAAUAAAACCUCCAUGAGUUGAAAACGAAUUUCAAAGGCGCUCUGUUUAUAUAGAUAACGGCCAAACAUCAGGAUUAUCAAGUUUUCACCGGACCUUAACCCGUUCAAAUUACAUCCCAAAAUAGCCUGAGAAAACAGUUUACAUUUGGAGACGCUACCCCUGCUUUCCCCGCCAACUGACGUCUGAAAAACGAGCACUUCUACUCUGAUGACGCGUAACUACCUAGAUCUGGGUAGUGCUUCUGAUUGGUUGAAUCAAAUUUCCCACGCAGCACUACCAAUCAGAAGCACGUCCCAGAUCUGCGUAGAGACGCGUCAUCAGAAUGGAAUUUCUGCGCUCUUUUCUCAGACGUCAUUUGGCGGGGAAACCAGGGGUAACGUCGGCAAAUGUCGGCUGUUUUCUCUGGCUAAUCUCAAAAUAUCUCAAUAACACUCUCAUAGAUUUCACUCGAAGUUGGGAACAUCAAGUGAGCUACUGGAGGAAAAAGCUCCCAUAAACGAUUUUGGAAAAAAAAAAAAUUCCCAUUGCCGAGAAAUACGGCCACAAGUUAAAUAGUUAAUGACGUCAUUUCGUUGCUGUGACAACUACGAUGUCACCGUAACAGGUAACAAAUUUUCAUCUUUCCCUAACUGAAUACAGUUGUGGUUUUCAUUUUGCCAAAUCUUUGUUAAUGGCGACGUUAAUGCUCAAACUUGGCAGGUACUGCCUAAAAAAAAAAGAACCUUUAGAGCCACCUUAAACAUAUUUUGCGUUCUCGGCUUUUUCUUCCCUAGCCACUUAUGCAUUUUGUUUUUGUUUUAUUUUCACAGGUACAGAUGGUUUCGUUUAUCGUAUGUUUCUUGGAUUGAACAAGGGCUAUUCUUACCUCGCUCCAUUUUACUGGCGACAUAAGUACGAAGGCAGGGUCACCAAUCAUCUCAUGUUCCCUCUAUAUUCAUCUCUUACUCGCUAUGUUCUCAGACAACCAAUUGGCGGAGAAUUCGCAUUCAAUGGAACAAUGCUUGGUCGGUUCACCAACCCUGCGAACUGGACAAAAAGUUGGAGAGAUUUUGGUAUCGACGCAGCGAUGAGUGUAACUGCAGCAACAAGCGGGGAUUCCAUAGGUCAGCUACAUCUUCCAAGGAAGAUCAACUACGUUGGAGACGACGCCAGGAGGCAAAUCGGUGACAUGUUUGUUCAGUGUGGAAGAAGUCUCUUCAAUGGCUUGAUAGACAUGUUGGACUCAACACCCUUCUGGGCAGAAAGCGAAGUAACAAUGGCGCCAGUUGUUGAGACAGAACCCGUUCACAAUACCAACUUGAAAGUUGAGCUGUCGGAGAAUGCUGAGAUUAUCGCUGCUCUUCACUCGUUCUUGACUCUACACAUGGGGCCUGCCUUUCAGCGCAACAAUGAGACGAUCCUAGGUGAUGGAUUAUCUGAUCGCAUCAAAGCGACCUUUGAAGAAUUCAAGUGUAAUGGCCUGUGUAGCGUGCUGGCAUGGAACAAACCCAAAGAAAUGCCUCGGGACGAACAAGCCAAAGUGAUCGAUCAGUUGCAGAGUAUAAAGAGCAAAUAUUUCCUCAGUUCCGAUGAAUGGGCGCAAAUAGUUCUCAGAUGUUUGAAGGGGUUCCAAGUCAGGCGAAGUGACAACGAGCAGCAAGCUUGCCAUACAGUUAUCAGAGGGGUGCUUUUGUGCGUGUUUUACUUGAGGGUGCUAGGCUUUAACAUCGAGACUUCCGGUCUGCCAACGUAUCCCGAUGCCGAGGAACUGGUUAUGCAACAAAUGGAAGUGUUUUCACGAUUCGCAUUAACAUAUUUUCAAGGAAACAAUAACGAUCAAGAGGCGCUUUCGAAUGGAACACUGCACGAUUAA